CUCUACGCGGGUGUGACCGCUAACGCGUCCCACUGUCGCUCCUCACAUUUUGGACCUGACGCCCAGGGCAAGUCAUCUCCCGUCGCAACCAGAAAUCGAUCCGCUCUUGUUUUCUUUUACCCAUGCUUGCAUCCUGCUAUUAAGACUAGUACGGCGCUUUUCAUCAAACAACUACUACUACCACUACAUCCACCCACUUUCUAUUCCUCUCUUCUUCUCUCUUCUCUUGCGUCUUGCAUCUCACAUCGCGCUUCUCCCCACAUCAACCUUCACGCAUCCUAAAGAACCAGACACUUGUGCUCUCGUUCUUUUUCACCCUUCUCUUUUAAAACCUCAAUUUUUGCCACUGCAGUGUGCUCCUGAUUACGACCUACCCAGUUCAUACACUCCCAUCUUCAUCAAAAUGUCUGUCGUUUCGCUUUUGGGCGUUAAUGUCCUGAACAACCCAGCCAAGUUCACCGACAAGUACGAGUUUGAGAUUACCUUCGAAUGCCUCGAGCCGCUAGAGAAGGAUCUCGAGUGGAAGCUCACUUACGUUGGAUCCGCUACCAGUGACCAGUACGACCAAGAACUCGACUCCCUUCUCGUCGGUCCCAUCCCCGUUGGCGUCAACAAAUUCAUUUUCGAGGCCGAUGCUCCCAAAACCGCGCGAAUUCCCGAUGCAGAGAUUCUCGGUGUUACCGUCAUUCUCCUGACCUGCGCCUACGAUGGACGUGAGUUCAUUCGCGUCGGUUACUACGUCAACAACGAAUAUGAUUCGGAGGAGCUCAACGCUGAGCCCCCAGCUAAGCCCAUUAUUGAGCGUGUGAAGCGCAAUGUCUUGGCUGAGAAGCCCCGAGUGACUCGAUUUGCCAUCAAGUGGGACUCCGAGGCAUCUGCUCCCGCUGAGUACCCUCCUGAGCAACCCGAGGCUGAUCUUGUCGCCGACGGCGACGAAUACGGUGCUGAGGAGGCUGAGGAGGAGGAAGCCGCUGAAGCUGACGAGGCUGAGGCUAGCUCCAAGGCCAAGGCCAGCAACGGAGAGGAUUCAGAGAUGGCUGGUGUGGAGAACGAAGGAGAGAAUGCUCAGGAUGAGGAGGAGCUGUCCGAUGACGGCAGUGUCGACAUCGAGGGCGAGAGUGAGGAGGAGCUUGAGGAGGAGGAGGAAGGAGAGGGCGAGGCUGAGGCCGAUGGUGAUGCCAUGGAGGUUGACAGUGCCGAGAAGCCCGCCACAUCAGCUGCCAAGCCCGUGAGUGUCGCUUCCUAAGCACUCCAAUUGAGCAUAUUUGCGUGUGAUUUGGCUGCAAUGCGAACGAAGCAUUGGACAAUGCUACUAAGAGGUUUUAAUACGCCAGCUGGGACUUGUUUGUUUUAUAGAGUUAUGAAGACAUGAAAGGGAAUGAUAUCAGGCGGGCGGGUUGGGUAUAGAGCUAAGGUAGUCGAGAAGACACAUUAGGCUAUCGCUUGGACAUGUAGGAGUAUGAACUAAACCCUAUUGUUGCAAGACAUGCAGCUGUCAGUUGUAUCUCAGCCAGUAAAGUGAGGCUCAAAUAAGCAGUGCAGUAGUAGGAAGCAGUGCAUGCAUUGCAGUAGUCGUCGACUGGUCAAAGGCACAUGACAAACGUAAUUGCAUUUGCUCAACACCAUGUUGAUCAGCGAUAAUCUAAGGUUCUGACGAUGAAUUUCGGCAC